CUAAUGUUGUACAUUUAUUUAUUAGAAAGAACUUAGUUGAUGGGAACGAAUGUCACUCAAGCCAAUAAGGCCUGCUCCACUUCCUCCUCCAACUAAUCAGCUUCCUGCAAACGCUAAACCUAAGAUUCACAGCAAGAAAAAUGUUAGUAAUGAAAAGAAAACUACCUUUUUCAAUGGUGUGUCUGCAAAACCAACAAUCAUUCGUCCAAAAUUGGAUGGUCAACAGUUGAAGAAAAAGAAAUUACCACCACCAAGACCAGCUCCACCAAAAAUUAAUAAGAAUGGAAAUGGAGGAGGCAAUGUAAAUAAAUUACAGGAUAUAUUUCAAUCUAAUGUAUUACAAGAUGAUCUAGCAAUUUUUUUUGGAGAUGAUAAUGGUAUAAAACAGAAAAAUACAAAGCAACCGUUACAAGUGAAUCACACUAAAAAUUCCAGACCACCAAGAGUAGCUCAGAGAUCAAUGAAAAAACGAGCACCAAAUCCAUUAGAAANUUACUUUUUAUAA